AACUAGUGAAGUGAGUAUUGCUUCUUUUCCGGUGCUGAAGGCUCUUUAGGAAGGCGUCCCUGUCGCUGCAUCCGCCAGUGACUGGUUCUUCUGGCAAACCAGUUAUUGGAGUUUUUGGUCUGUUUAAAAAGCCCGUGUCCCCGGACCGAGGCCGACGAGGUCGGUGCGGCGGAAGUGCCCGCGAGAGGGCGGGAGCGCCAGCCCAGCCGAGGUGCACGUGGCACGGAGCCCCGAGAUGUCGUUUCGAGGCGGAGGUCGCGGGGGCUUUAACCGGGGCGGCGGCUUCAGCCGUGGCGGCGGCGGCGGCGGCGGCAGCAACCACUUCCGCGGCGGCGGCGGCGGCAGUUUCCGAGGCGGUGGCAGAGGCGGGUUUGGACGAGGCGGCGGCCGCGGGGGCUUCAACAAGGGCCAGGACCAAGGACCCCCGGAGCAAGUGGUCUUAUUGGGAGAGUUCCUGCAUCCUUGUGAAGAUGACAUUGUUUGUAAAUGUACCACAGAUGAAAAUAAGGUGCCUUAUUUCAAUGCUCCCGUUUACUUAGAAAAUAAAGAACAAAUAGGAAAAGUGGAUGAAAUAUUUGGGCAACUUAGAGAUUUUUAUUUUUCAGUUAAAUUGUCAGAAAACAUGAAGGCAUCUUCCUUCAAAAAACUACAGAAGUUUUACAUAGACCCUUAUAAGCUGCUGCCGCUGCAGAGGUUUUUACCUCGGCCACCUGGUGAGAAAGGACCUCCCAGAGGUGGCGCCAGGGGAGGCCGAGGUGGAGGCCGUGGCGGGGGCCGAGGUGGAGGCGGCCGAGGUGGCGGAAGAGGAGGUGGAUUCAGAGGUGGAAGAGGAGGCGGAGGCUUCAGAGGAGCAAGAGGCAGUGGUGGGUUCCGAGGAAGAGGACAUUAGAUGCUUCCGACUUCUCCAGGGACUUCUGCUUUAACCUGUGCGUCUGCGUCCACGGUGUCUCCAGGGCGUGGCUGCCUGGCCGCGUUGGGGCUGAAGUCAGUGUCCCGUGAGCACGGUGGGGCAGGAGAGGGAGUCACUUUUGCUCUGAGAGCAUGAGCACGGGUGCUACUUUGUACAGUGCCCGGCACUCUGUGGGUGCUUCAUACAUGGACAGGAGCUGUCACUGGAAUCGUGUUUCGGCUUUUAAAAUAAAAUGUUUUAUUUCUUUAAA